AUGGCUGUUAGGUUAAACAUGCUACAGCGGACGAUAUCUCCGCCGUUAAGCCCAGGUACAUCGGAGCACCGAGAUCAUAGUGAUGUUGAUACAGAGUCAUCUAGUUCGUCUUCGAAUUCGUCGGUGAACUCAAUGAACUAUCUGCAGUAUCUUGAAAAGGCAACGGCGAAGAAUCCAUCGGUUUUGUUGGAAUUGGAUCUAGAUGGGAAUGUGAAGUAUGUUUCUCAUGUGUGGGAAUCUGUUGUCGGGACCAAAUGUGUUGAGAUUGUGGGGCGUCCUAUUUCCGAUAUUAUUAUUGGGAGCGAACAGGACAAGAUGGUAUUCCAGAAGGCAUUGUCGAUGAUGUGUCAGGAUGAUCGUAGCUAUAGUGUGAGAUUUCUCACAAGGUUACGGGUUCCUAAGGAUGGCGGGACUUAUGCCACAGGUGACAACAGGGCAGAUAAAGUCGAUGAGAACGAUGAUUAUGACGAGGUGGGGGUUGGAGUUGGAGUUGGGAAUGGGAGUGGAAAUGGGAAUGGGAAUGGAACUGGUGGUGGCUGUGGUGGUGAUUCUGAUAACGACGACGACGGUACUGGUGCUGGUGAUCGUGAAGAGAUGGCAGAAAUAGAGGUUCCUGUCAUGAGUGUAUUGAAAGAGGAGGUGCUGCUCGACCAUGUGGGUCUUAUACAGAGUAAGGAUGUCAUUGAAUUAGAGGCGCAAGGAACAAUAAUUCAUGACAAUAGUACCAACGGCGUUCCAACUUACUCCAUGUGGAUUUUGAGGCCGUUUUAUGAAAUUGAUGAGUUAGAUGACUUACCGCCGGACUUCGUGAAGCGGCUAGGGUUUGGCGCAAAACUCUUUUCAAAUUAUCUUCAGCGGAUAGAGGAGAUGGGGAUCUUGGAUGAAAAUGACUUACCCACUCCCAAAUCUGAAUUGUGUCGCGUAUGUGAGACUUUGGUCCCCGCAUGGUGGUUGGAAACUCAUUCUCGCAUGUGUGUUUGUGAACACAGAAUAGAGAGCACUGUACAGUUAAUACAUGACGAGUUAGUGGAACUCAAGCGAUUAUUGGAUGGCAUAAUUAGGUCUAUAAAAUACAACGAGUCUAUUGUUACAGAGUACAAGGGCUUGCCUCUUCCAAAAGUAGAAGACAGUCCAAAUAUCUCGGAUUCUCAUCUAUCAUCAGCCUCUUCAUCUUCUGACUUGAACGUUAACCCAUUUAAAAGAACAUCUACUUCCCGAAAGAAUUCAAGUUCUAUUUUUCAGAGCAUUAAAUUUCCAUUCAAAUCAUUAUCGAUGCUCAGUGACCUAUGUGAAGACGCGAUAAAUAUCAACACAAGUGAGCUUUUAACUAAUGAUUCACAACUAACAGACUCCCCCUAUGGUAUGUUCCACAUGCAAUCUAUAAGCUAUCGUUUUUCUCCAAAUACAAAAAAUAAUAUCGACCACGUUAUAUCAUGGGAUGCCCAUCUUGAUGUUAGCGAUCCUGCCACCAACCAACUUUAUUUUGAUACCAUCAAGUUAGUGAGGAGAAAAGUGGAGUCUGUACUAAGGUUGGAUAACGCCAUGAUGCAUUCGUUGAAAAUAAAAAACGAGGUCGAUAAUCAGGUAGUACAGUUGAUAAAGGAUAAAAUCGAAAGCAAUAAAAUUAACUUGCAAGAUGAUCAGGUAUUAGAUAAUGUACGAAACCCGAAUAUCAUUGCUGGAACAACAACGUCUGCAACAUUAACUGCAACAUCGACAUCAACAUCAACCUCAAUAUCACAGUCGCUGUUCCCACCUUCUCCAAGCCCGUCUUCUAGAAUAGCUACACCGGUACCACAGAGACCUCAAAGCAGAAUCCUUACAGAAAAUUACAUUGGUUCCGAACCUAUUCCUGAUCUAAAAUCCGUUAUGAGCGUUGGUGUGCCGUCUUUAGAAUAUACUUCGAGGUCCAACUCAGGAUCACACCCUUUAUCAAGGUCUAUUACUCCUAGGCAAUCGGUCCCUGAACAUUCUCGUAAUAAUUCAUAUCCUUUGACUUUAACCACAACCAGUACAACUAUAUCUGGUGCUCCCUUAGAAUCUAAAACGAAUAAUGUUAGUACUCCAAGGGCUUCCAUCACACAACAAACGAACCUGCCUAAACUGAAUACAAUAAUGAACUUAACUCCAAGGAAAGGAUCACCCCUGUCAUCUGUAGGAAUGAAUACUCCUCUAUCGUCCAUCCAAAGGAAAAGUACAGUUAAGAGUAUUGGAGAGAGGUCGCCAAUGUCAUCUCCAUUUAUGGUAGGUACAGAUUUUCUAUCUCCAGAUACAUAUUUAGCGUCUGCGGCUGCACCUAAACCUCCCCUAUCACCAUUGCUUUUAGCCACCAAUCAAGCAAAGGCACCAACUCCUUCCAUUAAAGAUUAUGAUAUUAUUAAACCCAUCAGUAAAGGUGCCUAUGGAAGUGUAUAUUUGGCGUAUAAAAGAAUUACCGGUGAGUAUUUUGCCAUCAAAGUGUUGAGAAAAUCGGACAUGAUUUUAAAAAAUCAAGUAACCAACGUAAAAUCUGAACGUGUGAUUAUGAUGGUCCAAAGUGAGAAACCUUAUGUUGCUAAGCUAUAUGCAACUUUCCAAAAUAAAGAAAAUUUAUUCUUGGUAAUGGAAUAUCUAAGCGGAGGUGACUUGGGAACAUUAAUUAAAAUGAUGGGGAAUUUACCCGAUAAGUGGGCAAAACAAUAUAUUAGUGAGGUUAUCAUAGGAGUGGAUGAUAUGCACUCUAGUGGUAUUAUUCAUCACGACUUAAAACCAGAGAAUUUUUUAAUUGAUUCUAACGGCCAUGUGAAACUGACAGAUUUUGGGCUAUCUAGAAUGGGAUUGAUUAGGCGUCACAAGAAACAGCACAGGAGACAUUACACUUUACCAAAUGUCACUACCAAAUCAAGACAUAAUAGUUUAACACCUGAAGAAGCGGGAAGUGGGGAAGGAAGUGGUUCGGGAACAAGCACUGCUACACCCACAAAUUUGCUGGAGGGAUUAAUCGUGAGUAGGAGGGCAGAAAGGUCUGAUUCGAUCUCAAGUUCACGCUCGCAAUUGGAUGCACAAACAUUGCAUAGAACUGGCUCCCAGGUUUCCUUUUCAAUGAUAGAUAUAUCAAGAUCAGGUACCCCUCCUCCCCCUUCAAAUCUGCAACUGCCAUUACAACAGACUCUUCAGCCUCCAGCCUCACAACAACAGCAACAGCAGCAACAACAACAACAACAACAACAACAACAACAACAAACUCCUAUAUUGGUUGCACCACCAAGCAGUAGUAGCCUACCAAAACGGAAUGCGUCGGUGGUAUCUUUCGAUACUUCCGAUACUUCUCGUGAUUUAGCCCUAUUCAAUCCUGAUGAGGAUAGUAGUAAAAGAUUUUUUGGCACCCCUGACUAUCUAUCACCAGAAACUAUUUUGGGUACGGGAGAAAGCGAUUGUUCAGAUUGGUGGUCUGUCGGUUGUAUUCUAUUCGAGUUUUUGUUGGGCUAUCCUCCAUUUCAUGCACCAACUGUUGAAGAAGUGUUCAAAAACAUUUUAAAUGAACAAAUUGAUUGGCCUACCUUCCCUAAUAAGGAGACAGAGCUUGAGUAUCUUACACCUGAAGCCAAGGAUUUGAUCACUAAGUUAUUGGUGUUCAACCCAGAGGAACGUCUUGGUGCCAAUGGCGCACAAGAGAUCAAAUACCAUCCUUAUUUUAAAGGUAUUAACUGGGAUAAAGUUUAUGAUGAGGAAGCUUCUUUUGUGCCUUCUUUAGACAACCCAGAAGAUACAGACUAUUUCGAUUUGCGGGGCGCAGAGUUAGAUGAGUUGCUGCGGGAUAAUUAUGGUGAGGACGACCUCCAUAACGACUGUAUAUUGAAUACACCAACCCAAUCAUUUAGGACAGAUAAAAAACAAGCGAGUAAUCACAGUAGUGGAAAUAGCACACCCAUACCGAAGAUGAGUAUUGCGUCAGUUUUUGACUCGUUAUCCCAAGAAAACGUUAGCGGUAGUAGUAACACCAGUUCCCAAACACUGAAACACAUACCUUUGGCUAUCCCUCCACACUUAAGGGAACGGAGGCCAAGCAAAUUGAAUGACAUGCAAACGGAAUUUGGCUCUUUUAGCUACCGUAAUAUAAGCGCAUUGGAUAAAGCAAAUAAAGAUACCAUUAACAGAUUGAAAAGCGAGCAUUAUUCAGACCAUAUUCAUACAAGAGGAUCGCCUAGCUCGCUGUCAAGUUCCUCUUCAGAAACCUCUACCAAGCUAAAACCUGCGAAUCCUGGAUCAUCAGCCUCAUCUCCUAUCUGUUCAAUGCCUGUAGGUGGUAAGGUACCAUUUGGUAGAUCGGGUUCUCCUCAAAUGGUAAGGACAAACUCUCCAAGUAGAAGAAACAGCACAGAACAAACAACCAGUGCUUCCAAUUCGUCAGUAAUAACACAAAGAAGACAUACAUGGGACCAGCACUCCUCUUUGGAAGUAGAUUACCAAAAUUCUCCAAGCCCUUCUAUCACUAAGUUCAAGUCGCCGCUUUCUCCAACUCAGAACAUUGGAACUUCGAGGUCAAGGAUGCAUUCCAGAACCUCAUCGCAAAGAACGAGUAUCAGCGAAAUAUCCAUGGAAGACGAUGAACGCCAGGCUGCCCUCUCCAAAGUCAACACAUUGAGAAGCCGCAGACGUAGUGGUCGUAAAAGCUCAUCUGGGAUUAGCGAUGUUGGCUACAAUAUGGAUGUAUUGCUCUGUGAACCUAUUCCUAUUCAUAGAUACCGUUUGGCUAGAGACUUGGAGUUGCUUGGUUGUUCUGUAGUAGCAGUUGGUACUGGAGACGAAAUAGUCAGGCGUGCCACAAGUGGUGUCAGGUUCGAUCUAAUCAUUACCACCUUAAAAUUGCCCAAAAUAGGAGCUAUUGACAUUGCGAGAUUACUAAGGCAUACUACAAGCAUAAACUGCAACACUCCAAUCGUUGCUGUUGCUGUGAAUUAUCACGAUGUUGGGAGCAAUAUAUUUGAUGAUGUCUUAGAAAGGCCGAUAGGUGUGGAACAGUUGAGAAAAAUGGUUUCCAAAUAUGCUUUAUUAAAGUCACAACAGCAACAUGAGGACACUAUCCUGAGUGAUCAAGAUAUUUAA